AUGAGUGAUUUGGUGCCAAAGGUGGACAGCCUCGAACAUGUCUACGCUGGGGCAGGAGAAGGCCAUACCGUGCCUGGUAACGUCCAGAAUCGUUUCAAUAAAGUGGUCAGAUCCUUCGAGAGCAGAUACGGGCAUAAGCCAGACUUUGUUUCAAGAAGUCCGGGUAGAGUCAACAUAAUUGGUGAGCACAUCGACUAUUCACUGUACAACGUGUUGCCUGCUGCAGUCUUGGUGGACGUACUCAUGGCAGUCCGAGUCGUCAAAGAUGCCAGCACUGAGGGUGUGCUGGUCAAAAUUGCGAACAUGAAUUCUGAAAAAUAUGCACCAAAGGAGUUAACAAUCCCAAGCUCUGGCACCGUUGAAAUCGACAAGAAGCACCAUUCUUGGGUCAACUACUUUUUGGCUGGCCUACAGGGAUCCUUGGAGUAUCUUCGCAAGAAGGAUGGUAAGAUAUUCAGAGCGAAUGGAAUGGAAAUCUUGGUAGAUGGAAACGUUCCAGCUGGUGGCGGAUUGUCAAGCAGUGCUGCCCUUGUCUGCGCCUCCGCUCUCGCCAUUAUGGCAGCCAACAACUACGAUAUCUCCAAGCAAGAUUUACUGGACAUCUGCAUCGUAUCAGAGCGCGCGGUCGGUGUCUUCUCUGGGGGUAUGGACCAGGCUGCUUCCAUAUUCUCCAAGAGAGGAUAUCUUCUUUACUGUCACUUUUUCCCCACCUUCUCUGCAGAGCACGUCCCUGUACCGGCAUCAGAUCCGGAACUCACCUUCCUGAUUGCGCAAUCCUUUGUGACAUCAGACAAGGCUGUGACGGCUCCGAUCCACUAUAACCUUAGGGUGGUGGAAUGUACUUUGGCUACUGUGGUAUUGGCCAAACUCCAUGACAUUGUUCUCGACCCAGACGACAGCUCUUUGGGUUUCUGUUUGCGGAAUUUUCAGGAGGAAAUUAUGAAAAAGCAAGGUCGUCGGGAUGAGCCUUUUGGUACUCAGCUGGAUGCAAUCAUCAAGGCCAUCAAAACGACACUGGAGAAAGAGAGCUACACCAGGAAGGACAUAGCAGAGAUAUUAGGAAUUUCUGUGGCAGAGGUGGAGAAGCAGUACUUGUCCAAAUUCCCUGUUCGGGCGGAGUCUUUCAAGCUCAGGCAACGGGCGUUGCAUGUUCUGGAAGAGGCUGGCCGCGUCGUCAAGUUUCGGGAUACAUUGACGACGUCCGCAAAAUUGGACCAGGAGAAGCUUCUCUACCUCGGCGAGCUGAUGAACAAGACACAAGACUCCUGCCGGGACAUCUAUGAAUGCUCCUGUCCUGAAAUCGACGAGAUAUGUUCGAUCUCCAGGCGCGCGGGAGCAUAUGGUGCUCGACUCACCGGAGCCGGCUGGGGCGGUUGCACAGUCCACCUGGUGCCGCAGAACAAAGUCACGGCGGUGACUGAUGCCCUCAAGAAGGAGUACUACUUCAAGAAAUUUCCCAACAUCAGCGAAGAGAAACUUGAAGAAGCCAUGGUGCUCUCCAAACCCAGUCAAGGAUCGUCUCUUAUUGUCGGGUCCGCCCUGAACGUUUGA